GUGACGCUCGCCGACAUCAUAUGCGGUAGUGACAGCGACCGAAAGCGGUCGAGUGGAGCGCGGAUCUGGCGAAAAGAGACCGAGUCACGGAGCUGAAAGCGGUCAAGUGUUCGUGUGUUAGUCCGCACUAAGGACAUCAGUGAUGGGCAACGCAGAGAGCGGCGGCACUGGGAGCGGUGACGAGGAGGACAUAGAAGCGGAGAGCCCGAGUUUCACGGAAGGCGGCCCGGCCUCUGCGGCGGCCACGGGGAGCGGGACUGGCGGCGGCGGCGGCGGUGGAAGCGGAGGAGGUGGCGGCGGCGGCGGCUCAGCAGCAGGAGGCUCCGGUUCGGGACGCAGCGGCAGGGGCUUGACUCACGCACCUGUAGCGGGCUCCGGCCUGCCGUCCCCGGAGGCCCUGAUGGAUCAGGUGCGUCUGAGGGAGGCGGCGGGCCGCGCCGGCGACACCAACACUCUCACCGUGUCGGAGUCCGCGAUCGCACGCAACGAGAGCGCGCUGGUGCGCUGGCUGGAGGAGAGACUCGGCCGCGGCGAGGAAGCGCUCACCCUGGAGCAGUUCUGCGACAUGCUGGAGAGCAGAGACGCGCAGCGGGACGAGUGUGAGGAGGCUUUUGGUCAGUUUGAUGCCGAGGGCGAUGGGGUUGUCGAUGUCGAGAGCAUGCUCAUGGCCCUGAAGAACAGCAACGGUGCAAAUCUGCAAGGAGAACUCAGUCACGUGAUCAGACAGUUACAGGCCUGCUCUCUGACUCCAGGGUUUGUGGACAUCUUCUCCAAGUCGAAAGACAGAAUAGGUGCACACGCCUCAAAGAUCCUGAAGUUCCUGCACAGGAAUCGCAUCCCGAGUAGUGCCAUUCCCUUCCCCUUUCUGGAUGGCUACAAUAGCAUCAGCUCCAUGAGGGCUGCAGUGCUGCAGGACUACUUGGAUUGUCUGCUGCAGAAAGAGAAAGACUUGGACAUUCAGUACGGGACAGAGCUGUCCCAGGGCCCUGAAGUGGAUCGGGUCAGGGUGGUGUCUCAGUGCUACAGCUCCAUCGAAGCCUCGUCCAACGGCGGAGACAUUUUCAGGAUGACCAACGGUGAUACCGUGUCCUACUGGCAGUCUGACGGCAGUGCACGAUCCCACUGGAUCAGGUUAAAGCUGAAGCCGGAUGUUGUGCUCAGGCGGUUGGCUAUCGCUGUGGCUUCCAGCGACCACAGCUACAUGCCCCAGCUGGUGUCUGUAGCCGUAGGGAAGAGCCGACGAUCGCUGCAGGAGAUCAGAGACAUUCGCAUCCCCAGCAACGUCACAGGCUACGUGCCCUUGCUGGACAACGCCAACAUCUCCCAGCCAUAUGUUCAGAUCAACAUCAAGCGCUGUCUGAGCGAUGGCUGUGACACGCGCAUUCACGGCCUGAAGACCAUGGGCUACCAGGUGACUAAGAGCAGAGAGGUAUCCGUGUCAGACGCCUCGGCCAUCUGGUACCUCUCUUUGCUAACCUCGCUGGUGACGGCGUCUAUGGAGACGAACCCCGCCCUUGCCAACACGGUCCUACAGAGCACACAAAAAGCCUUAGAGCACAUGCCGCCUCUGUCGUUAUCAUCGUCCUCCAAUGAGUUCCCAAAGUUCUUCUCCCCCAACAUUCUGGAAGAGGUGGACGCCUUCCUCCUCCGAAUCGCAGAUUGCUGUGUGACGCCGGAUGCCGAGUUGACUCUCUUGGCGUUUGCUUUGGCUCGGGGAAGUGUGAUGAAGCUGUUGCUGUCUCUGGCCGGGAUGUGUGAGCGAGUGAACUUAAAGUAUCGUGCGGCCUCACUGCUGGCCUCCAUGGCCUCCGUGCGCCUCCAGCUGCUCUACCGCAACGGAAAAACUUUACAGCUACGUUUGCAAGCGUGUGAUGUAAAGAGCCGAGAUGAUAAAAGUGGCCCAGAGAACAUGCUGACUGACCCCUCAACAGGAGAUGGAUUUCUCACAGAAAGCGGAAAGACGAGAGCAAGUGUGAUUCUCUCCACCGAGGACCAGACGUGCUUCCAGAUCACACAGAUCAGAAUCAAGGUGCGUAAAGGGGCCAUCGGUGCUAAAUGUGGCUUGGUGUUUGCUUACAAUGACGCGGAGGUUUUUGAUGCAGACAAGCACUUUAAGAAGUUCAGGAAAUACGACUCCUGGGAUUUUAAGGACUACAAGGAGUUUGUCAAAGACAAACAUUCGAAUAAAGGAGCAGCGGAUUGGAAAGAGGAGAAUCCCGUGGGCUGGUUUGAGCUGGAGGACGACUGGAAUGAUGUGGAGAUCAAGCUACAGCAUUUCCGUGUCACAAAUUUCCUCAUGGUGAAGUUCGUGUGUGUGAGGCAGGACUCAGCCGAGCGUCUCGGGGUUCAACAGCUAGCCUUUAGCGGCUAUGUGUGUCCGGAUUCUGAGAGCAUGGGUGAAGAAGAGGAAUUAGAAGAGCAGCUGAACACUCGUGCACAGGGAGUCGAUUGUGGCCCGGUUACAGGCCUCAUGCUAAUCAGAAAGACUCUGUACUUCAUCCAGCAGCUGACUCGAGACAUGGACAUGAUGCUGCACAAGCAGAAAUCUUUGUUAGACUUCAGUGGGCUGAAUCUGCCACUCUUCUGGGACUUCUACAGAAAACUCAGGUCUAUUGGUGGAGAGGAGGCGAUGAAGGCCCAGGUACUUUUGCUGCAGCUCCUUCAGAACUGUUUCUCAGCUCUUCCUGCCUUGCCAGAGUCCCGGAGCUCACCAGAGAGCACGGAGUCAUCAUCUUCAUCACCUUCGUCAUCCGCAGCCAGAGCGUCAGCGAGCACAGAUGUGGAUCCUGCUGAAGCUGUAGGGGAGCUGUACAGUCACCUAUGUCAGGUGGUGGAUGGGUCUGAAGGAGAGUCCUCAUUGGAGAAAGCUCUGAAGAAACAGGCAGUGAAGACCAUCCUGGGAGGCGCUGCCAUCUUCUACCCAGACAAAAAGAGCCGACGGGACAAACUCUUUGACAUGAUGAAGAACUUGACAGAGGAGGCUCAGCCCGAGUCGGCUAAGCUGACAUUCGAAUCACUUUGUAAUUAUUUCAGUGAUCAGGACCCGAGUGGUCUGCUGCUUCUGCCCCCGAAAGAAGCACCAGCUGACUUUGACAUCUCCAUCCUCAGCGUUAUGGACACACUGCUCCUCGUGGCCACUAAAGAGUGUGAGAUGUUGAUGGUGGACAACCCUGGAGGACCCAGUCGAAAGGUCCUGCUCUCUCUGUUCUGGGCUCUUCAAGGCAGUUUGCUCUCCUGGUGCUUCCUUCAGCUCAAAGGAGGCGUGGUGGCAUCUUGUGAUCUGGCCAGAGACAUAUUGAUCAAAUAUGUAGCACAGUUUCUCGCCAACACCCAAACCACUCUGAGCUCCCUGCUGGAGACGUACUCUGCUCCCGACAUCAUCGCCAAACUCGGCAACUCCAUCAGCACCAUGGCAACCAGGCAGCUGGCGCUCUUCCUGCUGGAGAUGUGUGCUCUGGAUAUUCCUCACUGCAUCAUUCUCAGGAGCUUUUUUUCUCUGCUGGAGCUGCUCAAAAAGCUGUCCUGUGGUGUAGAAGAGUCCUCCAAGGGGGAUGUGGAUGGCUGGCAGCAUCCUCAGCAGCCGGUGGUGUUGAGGACAUGGGUCAUGGAGUCCCCUCACAAUUACGAAGACAGUAAACAUGAGAACACUGUGUUCCUGUGUCCCGGUGCGACGUAUUUCGAGGUGGAGUUCGACGAGCGCUGCGAGACAGAGAAAAGGUACGACUAUCUGGAGUUCACCGAUUACAGAGGAGGGAAAGUGCGCUACGACAUGAAAGUGGGCACUGAAAAGUGGCCAAAGAAAGUCACGUUUAAAGCAGGCCACCAGCUGCAGUUCCUCUUCCACUCGGACAGCAGUAACACCGAGUGGGGCUACAAGUUCACAGUGACCGCAUUCGGCCUUCCAGACAUCAGCGUCUCUUGGAUCUCUGACCUGCAGCUGCUUGUGUCGAGGCUGAUGGGCCGCUUGGCUUCACGCACCAUGGCACUGAAAUCCACACAAGAGGUUCACAGCAUGAAGGAGAUUCCUGCAGCCGUAAUGAAUCACGUGAUUUCUUCUCCUCUGUGGAAGCCCGUUUUCACACACGGUUUGAUCGGACCAGCCAGGAGCCGAGAACUCGAAUACUGCAGCAACAAUACAAAACAGACCAAAUCCGUCUACUCUGGAGAUGACCUAGUGGAGUUCCUGGUGGAUUUCGCUCGCUGGGAUCCUUCCCGUGAGUCAUGUGAUGAGAGGACAGAGCUCAUGAGGAACCUCAUGCUGUCCUGCAAGAAGCAGCUGCUCAGGAGCGAGAUCGCUGUCGGGUCGAAGGUCGAUCAUGCGGUGAACGCGAUCUGGGCGGCUAUGGUGUACCACACCCCGGCGCUCCAGACUUCUCUCAGGAACUUUGUGGUGAAGCAGGGGCAGAGCUGUCUGACUGAGGACCUUUUCCAGGUCUACAUGCUCGCCGAUGGCAUCAGGACAUGGAUGUUGGAGAUGAAGCAGCGUUCCAUGGUGAUCAAAAUGAAUGGGGCAGGAGAGAAAGGGGAAAGUCACAUAGAAGUUACACCAGAGUCUUUGGCUGAGAUCUGCAUCAGUAAGACCUUGCUGUUGUUCAGGUUCAACCCUGAUGCCUCCAGUGCCCCUCCUCCACAUCCUGACCCCUGUAAACUCGAAGAGACCCCUGUUGUCCCAGUUCUCCCUGUAUUCCCUUACUCUGUGUCUAUAUCAGAAGGGGAUUUCCAGGCCUGUCCUGCUCCAUCCACCUCCUCAUCCUCACAGAGUCCUAUAAAAGUAGAGGCUCAGAUGUCCGCUCCCUCCGAUCAUGGAGCUUCCAGCAGUGGCAGUGCUCAGGAUUCGAGAGGAUCCACAGAAAGCCUUCAUUCGCAGUGCGGAGAGCCCGUUUCCCCUUUGACCUUCUCCCGCAGAGCGCCGUUUAGCCGCGGUCGCCUCAGACUGCUUUCCUACCGCUCGGUCGAAGAAACGCGGCCCACGCCCUCGGUCAAAGACAGAUACCCGAUUCUCAAACACAUAUUCAGCUUUGUGAAGGACAUGGUGAUUAGUGAGACCAGCAUUCUUCAGACUCUUGCCUUGAAAAAGUCCCAGACUACGAGUGUGUGUGAAGUUUUAGACAUGGUGCAGCAGUUUUUACUGUCCAUGGGGAAACCGCACCUCUUCCAGGCUCCCUGCAUUCUGUUCCUGCAGGAGCUGCUGGCCUGCCAGAAAGACUUCACCAAUUAUUUCUCCCAGUUAUCUGGCUGUGGGCCUGAUCUGAAAGAUCGAGUCAGGUCGUCCUACCAUCAGCUCAUUCACAUGCUAGUAGAGGCCGUGCAAGGAUUCAGUAAACUCAAUGACAAGGUGCUGCUUCCUGCCUUGUCAUGUGUACAGACAUGUCUGCUACACCUGCUAGAUAUGAGUUGGGAAGUUCAAGAUCUGCCUCUAUUUGAAGACAUCAGACUUCCUGAUCUGCUCCUCACCAUGUCUCAGGAGAACAUCAGCGUGCAUGACAUCGCCAUAAGCCAGUGGACGGAAGAGGACGAGAUCGCGGACUUCGAGAGGAACACAGAGUGGAUGGACGAGUGCAUGGACGGCAUGUUCGAGAAAUGGUUCGACAAAAUCUCGCAAGCCUCACCUGAGGACAAGAGAAAGAUGCACAUGUUCAUCGCACGCUAUUGCGACCUUUUGAACGUGGAGAUCUCGUGCGAUGGAUGUGAGAGAAUCGCGCCCGGACACCGCUACCGCUGUCUUCAGUGCACUGACAUGGACCUGUGCAAGACCUGCUUCCUGAGCGGCGCGAAGCCUGAAGGCCACGAGGACGAGCAUGAGAUGGUGAACAUGGAGUAUGCUUGUGAUCACUGCCAGGGUCUCAUCGUAGGCAGCAGAAUCAACUGCAAUGUCUGCGAGGACUUUGAUCUCUGCUUCGGUUGCUACAACACCAAGAAAUACCCAGACAGUCAUUUACCCACCCACCGUAUCACAGUCUACCCCAUGGUGACCAUCCGCAUCAGCGAUCGACACCGGCUCAUCCAGCCUUACAUCCAUAACUACUCUUGGCUCCUGUUUGCCAGCCUGGCCUUGUUCACCUCCGAGCUGAUGUGCGAGUCAACGGACCCCGUGACUCAGGGUCAUGCCGCAGCGCUGCAAAGCCGCUGCUCCCAGCUCAUCACUGAGUGUUUAAUGAAGGGCCAGACAGGAAAAGGUUUGCGCGCUUCAGCUCUUUUGUCCUUGCUGUCCUCUAAUGAGCCGGAGCCGUGUCCUCCCAGCCCAGUGCCCAGUCAGGAGCUCAGCAUCUCGGACACAUCCUCUCUACCUGGCAGCACUGCAGCUCUCUGCUCUCCACCAUCCUUUUUUUUAAAAACACUGUCUGCAGAGGAGAAAGACGAGCGGGGCCAGUUGGUUUCCCAGGAUACGCUUGAUUCUCCAUCACUGAAUAGCGAGGGCACACUGUCUCCAGAGCUCAGAGAUGCCGAUUCCACUGGUGAUACCAUCACUUCUGCCACCUCUGAGAACCUGAACAAAGAACAGGAGGAUGGGACACCUAAAGGGCCUCUGCAGGAGCACGUGUUUGCGGAGUGCUCCAGGGAGAGGAUUCUGGGAUUGCUAGCAGCCAUGUUACCUCCAGCAAAACCAGGCACUACGAUUUCCCUCUCCGGUCUGAGCCCUAUCCUGCCUUUACUGUUCCGUGUUGUCAUCUCCAAUGCGGGCUGUUUGAACGAGGCCUACCACCUGACGCUCGGGCUUCUAGGACAGCUGCUUCUGCGCAUCUCCCCUGCCGAGGCCGAUGCAGCCGUCACAGAGGCACUUUCUGAGAAAUUUGAGCUGCUUGCACAAGCCAACGGAGCGAUCAAUGAUACACCAGGCUGGAAAACCACUCAGCUUUUGUUCAGCCUCGGGGCUGUGUGCUUGGACAGUCGCAUCGGGUUAGACUGGGCGAGCUCAGUGGCGGACAUCUUGCGAAAUCUGAACUCGUGUCCUCAGUGGUGCGAUGUCAUCGCACUCUUCACCGACCACUGCAUUCAGCAUCUACCACACCAACUUAAACGCACCAACAUCUUCACUCUGCAUGUCCUGGUUGGGUUUCAGGUGCUGUGCAUGGGAACUCAGUCGGUGUUCAUAGACAACGCUAACGAGCAGCACAACAUCAUCCUGCUUAAACACUUCACCGAGAAGAACCGAGCCGCCGUGGUCGACGUCAAGACGCGGAAAAGGAGGACAGUGAAGGAUUACCAGCUGGUGCAGGCUGAAGAGAGCUUGGCUCUCUCCAGCCACUACCUAAAGAACUUGAUCUCCAUCGUGAACCAGCUACUGCAGACUGGGGUGGACAGAAGCUCCCCCGACGCAGUGGAGGCCACCUGGGUGCUCUCGCUCGCCCUCAAAGGCCUCUACAGUAUCCUUAAGAAGCACGGCAGCGAGCAGGCCCAGGAGGCCAUGCACAGCGCCGGCCUCAUGCAGCUGCUAGUACGCAAAUGCAGCAAAGGCACGGGCUUCAGCAAGACGUGGUUGCUGCGUGACCUGGAGAUCCUCUCCAUCAUGCUGUACUCAUCCAAACGCGAGAUCCACUCCAUGGCCGAGGAGAGCGAGAGCGGCGAGCGAGAGGAGGACAGAGAAAGAGAGAAAGAGCAUGACUCUGACUUUUCCAGCUGCUGCGCUGAAGAUGUUGACCCUCUCGAAGGAUUGGACGAAGAGACAAAGGCCUGCUUCCAGCUUACUCAUGAUGCUCUAAACGCUCCAUUACACAUUCUGAGAGCUUUGUAUGAGCUCCAAAUGAAGAGGACAGACUCCUUUUUUCGUGAAGUGCAGAAACGAUUCGACGGAGACGUAAUAAAGACUGAUGAGACAAUCAGGACACUGGCACAGAAAUGGCAGCCUGUAAAACGCGCACACUCGGACGAGCGUCAUGCAAAGGCGGUGGACACGGAUAUGAUCAUCAUCACCUGUGCGUUAAAGCCGAGCCGUUGCGAGACGGCCACCGAAGAGACGAAUGCGGUGACCCAGAAGCUGAUAACCAUCACAGAAAGCGAGCUGCAGCUCAGUUAUGCCAAGCAGCGGCGCACAAAGAGCUCAUCGCUGCUGCACAAGGAGCUGGAUGCACGCAGCAACAAGGCUGUUCGCCACUACCUGUUCCGUGUGAACGAGGCCAUCAGCAUCCUGUACGCCCGCCAUGUGCUGGCUCUGCUGCUGGCCCACUGGCCCGACUGUGCACCUAUCAGGGAGGAGGACUUGGAGCUGAGUGGAGCCUCACACAUGGCCCACAUCCUGGACAUGCUCAUGCAGCUGGAGGAGAAGCCGCUGUGGGAGAAGAUUCUGCAGAAAGUCAUAAAGGGCUGCAGUCAGAACAUGUUGGACAGUCUGUCCCUGACUGCCUGUCAGUUCAUGGAGGAGCCUGUUAUGGCUAUGCAGGUCCGGGAAUCCAAACAUCCUUACGACAACAACACCAACUUUGAGGACAAGGUGCACAUCCCAGGGGCUUUUUAUCUGUCGGUGAAGUUUGACUCUCGCUGCCAAACUGAGGAUGGUUGUGAUGAGCUGCAGCUGGCCAGCAGCGCCGAUUUCCAGCAGGACCUGCACACCUUUAGCGGAUCCUACCAUAAAUGGGCCGACGUGGAGAUACCAGGGGACACUCUUUACUACAGGUUCACGUCGGAUAUGAGUAAUACAGAGUGGGGCUACAAGUUCACUGUGACUGGAGGACACCGCGGACGCUUCCAAACUGGUUUCGAGAUCCUGAAGCAGAUGUUGGCCGAUGACCAGGCUCUCGCCCAUUUGCCGCUGGCAGACAUCUGGGAAUGGCAGGUGGGCGUGGCUUGUCGGCAGACAGGAAGUCAGCGUCUGAAGGCGAUUCACCUGCUGCUGCGGAUACUGCAGUGUUCUACUCAGUGGGGCUGUGAUUUGACUUUGCUGAGACCACUGUGGCAGCUCUUUACCACCAUGGAGGGUGGUCUGAAUCAGGAUCCCACCAGCAUCACGGUCCUGUUGCCUCUUCAUCGAGCUCUUACUGAACUUUUCUUUAUUGCUGAGACCAAAGCCAUGGAGCAGGGCGUACUCCAGGAGUAUCUGCUCGCUCUCACAACUUGCGAACAGCUCGUAACCCGCACAGCUCAGGCCCUGAAGAACAUCGCUGCUAUCAGCCUGGCCAUCAAUUACCCGAAUAAAUCCACCAGACUGCUGAAUGUUUCUCCGUGAGACUGAGGGGAAAGUCGGCGCUGUCGGCGCGUGUUCUCCAUCACUGCCUUAUAGCAGGCCGGUGAAAGGUGUACCUGGAAAGCCCACUCUCUCUUUCUCUCUCUAUAUCUUUUUUUUUCCCGCUCACUUAGUCUCUCUCUCACACACACACACACAUACAUACACACACAGGCAUAUGAGCGUCUUCCAGAACCCAGAACCCUCCUUAAAAAAAAAAGGAACACGGUGAGAAGAGCUCUACUCGUCAAGAGUUCUCCGUGCCAUUUUAAGGACAUGGAUCUGAACUCCAAAAGCAUCCUUCUUCUUAUUUUUUUUCUUUUCCCCCUUACUCGAAGCAGCUCCAGUGCCGAAAACAGGGCAGCGGUGCAGCUUGCCAAAUUCGCCACCGUUUUCUUCUGCAAAAGUCGCUCUUUUCCUCCCUUUAUUUAUGCUCCUCUGUUGCAAGCGCACCUCAGGCGAGACAAUCGAUCAUACCGAAAGCAGGUCACCUCUCGCCGCUUCGGCCCUAAAAAUACAAGCGGCCCACACAUGCCUCAUCUGUCAGAGCUGCUCGAAACUUCAAAGAACAGACCAGAGGUAGCGUCUGAAUCACACCGCAGAGAGUCGCUCGGACGUUUGGUUCUCAGCUUCACAAAACGACUGUAAACGUCCAACUGCUUGUAUUUAUUAUUAUUAUUUUUUUUUAAUAAUCACUACUAUUAUGAUUUGAAUGUUCACAUUAUAUACAUACUGUUAUAUAUCCAUCCCUUACAAACUCGCUCAUGAACUCCUGAGAUGUCGGUUUCGAUGUGCCAUGGGCACCUGUAGCCUUAAAGCGAUCGGUAUACUGACAGGUUUGAAACAAGGGACUGCUCCAGACCUGAGAAUGAAAUCUUUUAGGUGGUUGUUUUUUUUGUUUUGUUUUGUUUGUUUUUAAAUCAGCUGCUUAAUUUUUCUUCAAUUGAAGAUAAGCAAGAGUAAAUUAAUUGAUAUUUUAAACACAGAGUGGCGUGGUGGUGGGAGGUUUACAGAAUUGUUUUUUGGGGUGUUUGGUUUUUUUUUUUUUUUUUUUUUUUUUUUCAUUGCAUAGGACAUCAGCAAUUAGACUUGUGAUUAAAAAGCAUGAUUGAUUUUAUUUUUAGUGUGUAAGCUAGAAAAGAUUAGAACUAGUCGUCGACGCCAAAGAAACUACUCACCUGCGAGGGGAAAAAAAAUGAACGAGGAACGUUCCAGAGGGUAGCGCAACUAACCGGAUAUUGCAUGAUAAAAUAAUAGACGUUAAGGUAUUUUUGCACCGCUGACUGAAUGGGAUUGAAGUCGAUGAAUAGGAUUGAGGUUAAACCCAGACCCUUUAGUCUUCAGCGAUUUUGUUUACAAAAAACUAAUAUUUAAAAAAAAAAAAAUGCAAGUACACACAGAGCGUUCGCAGCUUUCGGUGCCUGAACUCCACUUUCAAGAUGGUGGCCAAGUAGCCUUCCAGUCUCUCCAAGCCUCAGAUCGGAAUCAAUUUACGUGCCUAUGUUUGAAAAUGAAGCAAUCUUGAUUUGUCAUGCCAUUGUCAUAGAAGUUUAAACCGUUAUAUUUUUUACUAUGAGAAUUCUAUGGAUUUCAUUUCAUGUAAACCUUUUUAUUAUUAUUAUUAAUUUUUAUUUUCAUGAAAGUCAUCAUUUUUUGUAUUUUGGUUAUCCAUUACUUGGUUGAUGUUUCAUGUAAAUUCAAAUGGACAUGAAUGUAAAUAGUUCUGUAUUAUAUAAUGGUAAUUGCACAUAUAGAGAAAAAAAUUUUUCAUAUCAACUCGCUCCCCGUGAUAAAUCCAAAUUAUUUAAUAUAUUGUUCUGGGUUAAGAUUUAACUCUUGAUUUUUGUAUUUCAUGGCACUUGGUGGAAAAGAAAAAAAAACCCAAACAAACUUUUUAAUUAAAAUGCAGUUGAUGCUCCAUGG